AUGAGGAUACCACGGCCCACGGACUCGCCCAGCCGCCACCAUGCGCUGUUCUCGCUUCCAUCCGUCUUGAUUGUGGCGCUCAGCAGCCUGCUCAUCACAUCUGCCGGCGCAAACUACAUACCGCCGCUUCAGUACGGGGCCGCUGCCUCUCUAGAGAGGCGAGAUACAGCUUGUCCAACCAAUUACCUCAGCUGCGAGUCCCAGGGUUCGGCUUUUGCGGGCAUCUGCUGCGCCGACGGCCAGUACUGCGCACUAGAUUCAAGCAACAGCCCGGCGUGCUGCCCAUCCGGAGCCGUGUGUACGGGGGCGGCAACAGGGACUCUCACAGGUACGCUGCCGACAUCGACCACGGUGUCGUACGUGAGCAACUCGCUGUUUGCGUUUCCGGCAAUUGCCACCUCCUUCUCCAAUGCGGGCGCUUGCUCCUCGGCCGUCUCGGCCUGCUCCAGUAACUACGCCGCCUGCACCUCGGACCUCGCCUCAGGUACCGGCGGCUACGGCGUCACCAUUAAUGUUCCUGGCGGCGGGGGUGUCACCGUCCAGCCUACCCACACCCAGCUCGCGUCCUCGAGCGCCGCCAGUGUCUGCAGCAGUCUCAGUUCACAAGCCUGCCACGGACUUUCCAUUAGCAGGUGCUCAACGGUGGGCACAACGGGUGGGUUUGUCGUCGGCACGGCAAAUGUGGCCCAGCCAAGGAUUACGGGCAUGCCGUGUCUGGUCGGCAUGGCGGCGGGAGUUGGGUUGGGUGUUUUGGGCGCCGGUAUAUGA